GGAGCCGGGCGGGCGGGAGGACCGGAAGUGCCGGCAGCUCGUGGCGACGGCGGGGCCGGGUGGAGCUCCCGGCGCGGCUCGGCUCUCACCGCCCCGGCGGAACAUGGCGGAGGCGGCCCCGGCCCCGGACGAGGAGGGCGCGGAGCUCGCGGCCCUUAUCGGCGCCACCGUGCCCACCGGGUUUGAGCAGACGGCGGCCGCGGAGGUGCAGGAGAAGCUGGGCUCGGCCUCCAGCAUCAGCAGGGACCGGGGCAAGAUCUACUUCGAGGUCCCGGCUCGGAGCCUGCCGCAGGUCCAUCGUCUGAGGUCAGUGGAUAAUUUAUUUGUUGUUGUUCAGGAGUUCAAAGACUAUCAAUUUAAAGAAAACAAGGAAGAUGCUCUAAAGGAUUUGGAAGAUUUGGUUAAAAAAUUGCCUUGGACUGAUCCGUUGAAAGUUUGGGAGCUGAACAACAGCUUGAAAAAGAAAAAGACAAAACGCAAAAAGCAUAACCUGCAGAGCACUACAAGCAAAGAGAAGUUGAGUGGUGAUGGGGAAGAGGAAGGAACAGAUCAGAAGGACACUGGUAAACAGGAGGAUUGUGCCCAGAACACUGCAGGGGAAGAAGCCGCUAGUGGCCAGGAUAUAGAGAAGAUACAAGAAGUGGCAUCACAAAAUGACGAGGAGGAGGAAGAUAAUGAACAAUCAGAUGCUAAAGAUGAGUUGCAGGCGGGUUCUGGGAGUGAGACCAAGGCAGGCGAUGGUGCAACAAGUGAAGGAGAGGCAAAGGUGUUGAAGUUCCGUGUUACAUGCAAUAGAGCAGGAGACAAGCACUGUUUCACAUCAAACGAGGCUGCAAGAGACUUUGGUGGAGCUGUGCAGGAGCACUUCCAGUGGAAAGCUGACAUGACUAACUUUGAUGUAGAGGUUCUUCUGAAUAUCCACAACAAUGAAGUAGUUGUGGGCAUUGCAUUAACUGAAGAGAGUCUUCACAGAAGAAAUAUUACACAUUUUGGACCCACAACUCUUCGUUCAACUCUUGCUUAUGGCAUGCUUAGACUCUGUGACCCACAGCCAACAGAUAUUAUAGUUGAUCCCAUGUGUGGCACAGGUGCAAUACCAAUAGAGGGAGCUACAGAAUGGCCUAGCUGCUACCAUAUUGCUGGUGAUAACAACCCACAAGCUGUAAAGAGAGCAGCAAACAACAUCGGUUCAUUACUAAAGAAAAGUGAGAAGCAGGAAAGCAGUACUUCCUCGGGCAUACCCUUAGACAUCAUUCAGUGGGAUAUUUGCAAUCUCCCUUUGCGAACUGGCUCUGUGGACAUCAUUGUGACAGACAUGCCAUUUGGAAAGAGGAUAGGGUCAAAGAAGAAGAACUGGGACCUCUAUCCAUCCUGCCUUAUGGAGAUGGGUCGGAUCUGCACACCAGGGACAGGCAGGGCUGUGCUGCUUACACAGGAUAAGAAAUGCUUUGUCAAGGCCUUGUCAAGAAUGGGACACAUCUGGCGCAAAAGUCAGACCGUAUGGGUGAAUGUUGGCGGACUUCAUGCUGCAGUGUAUCUUCUGAAACGCACCUGGGAAAGAGCAGAAGAGAAAAGAUCAUUCUGGUAACCUGUAUGGAAGAAGACAAGAGACACCUCCAGAAUGUUGAAUAGCAGUCUGGUAAAGCAGACACCUGAGAGGUCUGUCGGUUCACGAUAAAAAGAAACAACCAACCUCUGUAGAAAUUGUAACAUGAAUCAAGGGAUCAACUUGAGAGCUACCAGUUAUGCUACUACAUGUUCUGAAACCUUGUUAAUUAAAUCACCUCUUUGCUCCCUGCCACCUGAACUGAAAUUCCGUAGAGGAAUACUUUCCUUUGCCUGAGUCUUCUCUAUGAUGUCCAUUGUAUUUUUCAGUUAAAUGUUUAUUUCUUCUGCUUUUAGUAGAAAACACAUUGAGGCAGCUUUGGAGGUAACUGAAUUUAUUUCUCAAACUGUAGAAAUCAUAUGGGUGUCUUGAAGUGACUAAUGAGACUACUGAGACAGUCAUCUUGAAGGACUUAGAGGCAGUAUCUCUUUAAUGUAGGAGUUUUCCAAACUGAAGUUUUCUAGUUUAUACCAUUGCCCAAAUGUAAGCUACGAUAAUAAACCAGUAUCUGCUUAACAUGGUCGGAUAAGCAAAUGCCAAUUAGUAAACUAUGCUGAUGCUACUGUUUUAUUUACCUGUUACCUCAACACCUCAACUUAGUGCUAAUUGUUAGUAAAUGUCUAAUCCAUAUUCUGAUGUACCACUGCCAUGGGGGAGGGGGUAACACACACAGCCUUAGCAUACUGUCUGUAGUUACUAUGUGAGAACAGAUCUUCUAAUGAUUUUAUUUAAAAGUUCUGGUUUUCAAUGUCUACUGUAGACAUACCAAGGUGGCAAUGAGUUUAAAGUUCUUAGGUGAUUUAACUGCUGUAGUUAUGCCACAAUAUUUACAAAAAUAUAUUACCUGUUGAAUAGCUUGAAGUUGCAAAUAUUUUUUCUUCUGUAAAUGUACUGUGAUUUCUCAAACCUCUUUGCUUAUCAGAGGAUGAAAACGGUAGUUAAAGAGUUCACCAUUUUCAUUGAAUUGUAUUCAUGCUAAAUAUGUGUCUUUAGAGGUGAAUUAACAAGUAUUAAAGUUUUGGAAGUUUUGCAUAGUAGGUAAGUCUUAAUUGUAUUCCUUUUCCAGUCUGUGUCUAGUAAAGGAUAAUGCAGCCCUUUAUUUAUGCAGCCAGUUAUGUUCUUGGAUGAAAUAGUGCAUCUGUUUAAUUCAUUCCCACACUGCAUUGUUUCUGU